AAUAAGAAAAUUAGUCAAUCACAAAAAAGGCAAUAAAAAAAAAAUAAGAAAAAUGAUCUCAAAAUAAUUUGCAAAGAGAAAAAAAAAUCACAAAAACUUCCGGGUUUGUGCAAUGUGUGUGUGUUUGUGUGAACCAGUGCGCGGAGGUCAAGCAAAGCGUGGAAAAUCAUCAAUUCCCUCGAAUCGAUAAAUUUAAUUCAUAAACCCGGUAUUAAUUAUAAUCAUAUAAAUACUUUUAUAAACAUUUCCCGCGAGAUAUCAAAGUAAAUUAAUGAAUAAAAUCUGCAAAUAUUAAACAACUUAUUGGAAUUUAAUUCACUAAUUAGAUCUUCGUUCAAUAAUUUAUUUAUUAUUUCACGAAAUUUAAUAAUUUACUGAUUAGACUUAAAUUCCAUAAAUAUGGUAAUUCUCUUCGAAGUCAUUUAAUGAUGAUCAUGUGGUCAAGUGCAGUUUGAUGUUUAAUAGCCCUAUUAAACGAUUAUCGCGAAAGAAUGUCUGACUGACGAGUGAUUAAGAAUAUUCUAAACUGAUUCAGAAUUAUAUUCAGAAUAUUCUCUAACAAAAAAAUUAUUAUUUUCCAUAUCAAAUUUACUUUUUUUUCUAACUAUGGAAUCACAUAAUAAUUCGGAUGCUGAGAGAAAAGCUGGACCAUCAAAUCCAUCAGGUUCUUCAUUGGAUGAUGCCGUGGGAAAACUACUACAAGGAUACGACUGGACAUUACUUCCUGUUACUGCAAGAGCUGGUGGUCGAAGAAAUGCACACGUAAAACGUCCAAUGAAUGCUUUUAUGGUAUGGGCACAAGCUGCAAGAAGAAGACUCGCUGAUCAAUAUCCACAACUUCACAAUGCUGAAUUAUCAAAAACUUUAGGACGAUUAUGGAGGAUUCUAAGUGAUGUAGAAAAGCAGCCUUUCAUAGACGAAGCUGAAAGAUUGCGCAAUGCACACAAGCAACUUCAUCCUCACUAUAAGUAUCAGCCACGCAGAAGGAAACCAAAGCCAGAUGAUCAAGUAAGCAUUUUAACUCAUCGUAGUUCCUUGCCCCUCACAUCAUUAGAAUCUGCCAGCUCAUCCAACUGCAGUUAUAGUCGACUCUAUUCUGAAAGUUCAAAAACAAAUCCCCGAUAUCAGCCUUAUGAUAGAUCCAUCGUCUCGUAUAAUGAUUCAACAUCAAAAUCUUAUCAGGAUUUGUCAAAAACAACUUAUUCAGAAGCAAUCAAAAGUCCAAUUGAGCACUACAGUAAACCAUAUGAAUUAACUGAAAAAAAUUACUCGGAUCCAAAAUAUUUAGAAUCGACGACGACAAUAAAAUCACUUGAAAAUGGUAUUAAAUAUCCAGAAGUACAAUCCAAAACAUAUGAUCUUUCAAGAAAUUAUGAACUUCCAAAAUAUCCUGAAACAAAAACAUAUCCUGAGAAUUUAAAAUUUUCCGAAACAACAACCACCACCAAACCAUAUGCAUAUGUUCAUGGUCAAUAUUAUCCUGCACCUGAAAGUUAUCCUGUUCACGAGGAAAGUGAUUAUCAACCACAAACGGUACCGACUCAUUCGUUUUAUCCUUAUAUUUCACCGUCAAUGACGCAACCACCUUAUUAUAUGGGCCCUCGAUGUUAAUCUUUUAUUUGCAUUUUCUGUGUACAGAAAAUUCCUGUUUAGAAAAAAUAUUAUUAUUAUUAUUAAAUUGAAUGAAAAAUUAAUUUACUAAUAGACACAUUUUUAUAAUAUAAUUUAAAUAUAAUUUCAAGGAUAUUAAUUAUGAAAUUCUAAUAUUAUGAUUUCAAUUAAUUAAUUCUUAAUUUCAAAUCAAAUAUUAGAAUUUCAAAUGAUAUUUGUAAUUUAUAUUGCAAUUUUUGCUGAAAGCCGACAUUAAUUUUUUGCCCAUUUAAA